AUGAAACAGGCGAUGGCAGGAAUACGUGUUCUCGCCCUCUCCUCUGUCACCCUCAUCGCACUCGCUUUUGUCGUCGAAUACAUCCGCACGCACUACCUCGCGUCCCACAUUCACUGUUACACGUCGAUAAAGACAUUAUCUGAUGACGCGCCGUAUGCGAAUUGCUUCACGCUUGGAAGAAAUGGCGAGUUCAGGACUGUGUAUACAGAUCCCUCGCCUGCGCCUGAGACACUGAUCGAUGGUUAUGUCCUGCCGGGCUUGUGGGAUGGGCAUGGGCAUGUGAUGCAGUACGGUGAGAUGCUACACUCCGUGGAUCUGUUCCAGGCGGAGGGUUUGCAGGAUGUCAGGCUGCGAGUGAGAGCGUAUUUGGAGAUGAAUGCAGGCACGGGAUCGAGGGAGGAUUGGUUGCGCGGAAUUGGCUGGGAUCAGGCUGCAUUUGGAGGCGUGAUGCCCACUGCUGUAGACCUCGAAGCUGACCCAGUGCUGUCCGGCAAGUACAUCAUGCUUGACCGAAUCGAUGUGCACUGUAUAUGGGUCUCGCAGGCCGUGCUCGAUCUUUUGCCAAAGCCAAUGCCUGAGUAUGUUGAAGGCGGCGAAAUUGUGCGGGAGCCCGGGCUCGGUGUGUUCUGCGAUAAUGCGAUGGAUAUCGUGAGGGCGAUGUGGCCGAAGCCGAGUGGGCAGACGAAGAAAAAGUGGGUGGGCAGUGCAAUGAGAAGUCUGAAUGAGUUAGGAAUUGUGGGUGUGCACGAUGCAGGGGUCAUGCCGGGGCAGUUGAAGAUGUAUGAGGAGUUGGCCGGAGGGGAGGAGUGGACGGUGAGGGUAUACGCAAUGUUGGAGUGUGCGGCCAGGAACACGUUCUGCGCAGACGACGCGAGGACAGUAAAAAAGGCCGAUGGGAUGCUAGUUGCGCAGAGCGUCAAGCUAUUUGCGGAUGGUGCAUUAGGUAGCUGGGGCAGCGCCAUGAUCGAACCUUACAGCGACAAGCCGAACACAUCUGGGUCGCUUCUAGUCAACGCAACGACGUUGACUUCGGUGGCAAAGAGCUGGGCGUUACAUGGUUUUCAGGUCAACAUUCAUGCUAUAGGUGAUCUGGCGAAUCGACUUUCAAUCAAUGCCAUGACAGCUGCGUUAUUUGAGGUGUGCCCAAGCGAGUCUCUGGCAUCUUGCCAGUCGAAACGACGGUUCCGGAUUGAGCAUUCACAGAUCAUCCAUCCCAAUGAUCAAAUCCGCAUGUUGGACAUAGGCAUCAUUCCCAGCAUCCAGCCCACACAUGCAACAAGUGACAUGGCGUAUGCAGAAGACCGGCUGGGUCCUCAAAGAACAAGCGCAGAGGCAUACCGUAUGAAGUCACUGUUGAAGACAAAUCCCAUCCUAGGCAGCGACUUUCCUGUUGAGCCAGCAAAUCCAUUCGAAGGCAUAUUUGCAGCGGUUGCUAGACGAAGUCCACGAACAGGUCUUGGCGCCGGCGGCAGCAAUGAUGGCUGGCAUAUGAGCGAGGCAUUGACAAUAGAAGACGCGCUGCGAGGCUUUACGUUGAGCCCGGCACGAGGUGCAUUCAUGGAAGGCAAAGCGGGAGUCAUACAGAAAGGAUCCUUUGCUGACUGGAUAGUGUUGGAUAGAUCUUUCGAUGGGCUGCUGGUCGAUGAGUUGAGGCAGCUUAAAGUCCGAGAGACAUGGGUACGCGGAAAGAAGGUGUUUAGCCGUCAGAAUGCUGCCUGA